AUGGAACUUCAGUUAGCGGAUGACGUAAGAGAGCUAGCCAGUGGGACCGUUGAAGGUAUUAAUGGACUGUUCCCAGCUGGAGAGAUUCCCGAUGUGACUUGGGACUGCGACUUGGAGGAGAAGGCUUGGAAAUCUAUGCAAGGAGGAAGAGUUGAUUUGAACUUCAUUUGGCCCCAUGCUGCAAGCGCAGACAUGAAGAGUUUGCCAUUGGACAACAUACGACCUGUAUCGUUCGAAGUUGACUUCAAACCUACUUUAGAGAAAUGGUGGCGUGAAGGAUUCAUAAAUAUGAAUCCUGACAAGCUCUAUAAUAGGGCCGACAUAGAGGACUUCGCAAAUAUGAUGAAUGCAAAAAACUUGAAAAUUGGUUGCUACACUGAGAGAACGAAGAGACAAUGCUUAGCUAUGAAUGUGUGCUUCUAUGGAGUAUCCCCUAAAUGGGACGAACCUGUGUACUAG